GGUUUGGUGCAAGUUGAAUACUACGGGCCAGAAUUUGCCACCGCGAGCUGGGCAUACAACCAUUGCAUUUGGGAAGAACUUGUUUGUCUUCGGGGGUUUCGCUAAUGACCAGAGCCUAUUUAAUGAUGUUUACGUGCUUGAUGUUGCUGCAGGUACAUGGACUGAGGUCAUGCCCACUGGUGAGGGCCCAUCUGCCAGAUUCUCAGUAGCUGGGGAUUGCUUAGAUCCACACUUGGGAGGUGCUCUUGUGUUCAUAGGUGGUUGUGAUAAUAACCUUCAACCCUUGGAGGACAUGUAUUAUCUAUAUACAGGCCUUGUUAGAGAGGCUGAACGAGGCGAAAGAAGGAUAGAGAAGUUGUCUUUGAGGAAGCAGUUGAAGUUAAAAUGCCAGGAGCAACAAGCUUUAGCUUCUCCCUAUGAUAAUACUCUUGUUGGAUUUGAGAAUAACGCUAAUGUCCAUCACCAACUGCCUUUGAAUUAUACACAGCCAAGUCGGCAGAACAUUUAUUUGAACGAAUACCAGACUCCUAUGGGGAAGAAGACUUUUCAAGCCAAGGUCACAAAGAGUUUUCCAGAUGGGUAUACCAUUGAAACUGUUAUAGAUGGAAAACCCCUCCGUGGAGUGCUAUUUUCCAACAAACCAAGACCUGAACAGACUCCCUGCAAUGAUUCUAUCAGAAUUACGAAUACUGGAAGUGGUGAAACUGGUAAUGAGAAGCCGAACAACGACCAUAAUUCUGUUAAAGAAGUUACAAGACCUACAGAAAAAAAUGUAAACAACUUCCAGCAAGCAGAUGUCUCUGGUGGGAAAUCUAUCAGAAAUGAGGCCCCGGUUGGAGAUGUUACAGCUGAAAUGAAGAGUCCAUCCCCCUCUGAUGCUUCAGCAGCCCAAGAGGUUCAUGACGUCUCAAAGUCUUCAGCGGUGCCUGAUGUAAAUUUGGAAAGUAGUAGAGCGAGUGAUCCAGUAGAUUGUGGUACUAGGAUUUCUAAGGAGAAUGCUACUGCAAAAAAUGACUCGUAAAUCCUUUACUGAGAAUCAAACAGCUUGGAGAAAGAUUCUCUUGAUCAAAGUCAAUUCAUGGAAAUCAAAACGUAUACGGAAACCAGAUAUGAUCCUCACAUCUCACCUUAGGGCAUCUUAAUGUAGUCCUCUAGAUAGAAUCAAAUGGAAAACUGAUUAGCCUCUCACAAUUUUGUCAUCAGAGGGUGGUUAUUUCCUUGAAUUCCCCUUUGUCUACGACCCCCAGACUCUUUGACAUACACCCAAAGAACUGUCAUCAUUUAACCAUUUCUUUUUCUUUUUUUAAUUAUCAAACACUCCUGUUUUUCUCCUUUUCCCCUCGUUGGUGUCUCUUUUCAAGGUGGUGGAAGCGAGGGUUGACAGGAUGAAUUUCAGAGUGAUAUGAUUUCUCUGAGGAACUGGGGUGGAAAUGCUUUAGAUCCAAGGACUGCUUUUUUUGUCAAUAGCUCCAUCGCCACCACUGUUGUAUAUAUUAGGAUAUCGACUAGAACUUUUUAUCUUCCCAAUAUGACAAAUACUGAUGUUUGAAAAUUGAGAGUCCUCAUAUUUUUAUGCUCCAUUUUCAUCC